UGUGCCUGAGAAGGCAUCAUGUAUCUAGGCCACACAAUACGGGCUGCAGGCUCAUUGUUGCUGCCUACCAGCCGGCCUGUCGCUACCCGAGGCCCCUCUGUGUGUCUCUGGACGGCUCACCAUGCACCUCACCCAGCUCAACCACGAGUGUCUCCUCCACCUUUUCUCCUUCCUGGACAAGGACAAUCGCAGGAGCUUGUCCCUCACCUGUCACCAGCUGCGCCAGAUCUUCGUGGACCCCUGCCUCUGGAAUCUGCUCCACUUCAGCUCGCCGUGCCAGCUGACGAGGGACAACUUUGUGCUGGGACCCUCGCUGCGGUACUUGACUAUUUGCUGGUUCUCCAGCAGAGUGCAAGUGUGCAACAUCGAGGACUGGCUGAAGAGUUCGUUUCAGAGGGACAUCUGCAGCAAACACGAGAGCCUGGUCAGCGCUUUCCUGGCCCAUGUCUGCUACAUGUGUCCCAACCUGCUGGAGUUGACCCUCUCUGGCUGCGGCCACAUCACCGACUGGGAUGUGGUCACCUUGCUGCAGAGCUGCAGGAGAAUGCGCCGCCUCCACCUGGAGAACUGCGUCCGCAUCACCAACCGCAGCCUGGGAGGCGUGGUGGAUCACGGAGACAGUCUGGAGGAGGUGAAGGUGGACUUUUGCCGGAACAUCACUCAGGCGGGGCUGCAGGCUAUCAGGGAGAGGAGGCCAGGCGUCCAGCUGACGGCAGAGAGAAGCGCCGACAUGAUCCCUGACAGCAAGCCCCAGGAGAAGGUGCUGCUGAGGAGGGCGCUACAGAAAGUCCUGCUGUUCUCCUGAGGGAAGAGCCGCAGCUUCUCUCAGAUGGACUGCAAGGGAAAACAAUUCUGUGACAAAAUUUAAGGACUUGAUUGUGUGAUAUUUUUACUAUGAAGUGUUUUACAGUUUUGAUAUCUUUUUUAUGCAACACACUAUAUGUUGAACAUGAAUAAUCCUUACAAAAACAUGUUAUGUAAGCUGCUUCUAUUCCAUGUUAAUCAAAACACACACACACACACACACACACGUGUCUACAUGACUUCAGAGGGCAUUGCAUUGACUUACAUGGAUUUCCUGGAGACUUGUGUAUGGGGACUUGAUUUUUGUCCCCAUAAUCUGACUAUAUAAACAGAUUUAGGUCCCCACUACAUGAGUAAUACCUGGACCAAACACACACACACAUGUUUUAUAUACACAUGAGGCCUUAAUCAAUGAAUAUUGAAAGAGGUGCAUUCAUACGACAUAAUCUGUCAUUACUACUUAUUGACUUUACAGAUGUGAGGGUGGUGUCAGUUAUCUCAACAGUUUAAUUAAAAUAUAACCUCCCCUGAGGGCGAGAUCACACACCUUCAUGAUACAAAGAGAAGUCAUGUGGUUGCUCGGUGCUCUGUCAUGGUGAGACAUGUUGAGAGGAGACGUUCUAUCAGGGCAGAGGGGCCCUGCGCCUGAGCCCUGAUUGGAAUCAGAUUAUAUAAGACUGUGAGACAUAUGAAAGUAGGUUGAUUGGGGCAAUGCGUCUCCCCCUGUAAAUGCCAUGUGACACUUUUAUUGCAGACUGCUGCUGUGGAGCGCGCCACAUCCUGUGAUGUCUAAAGAAUUACCAUAUCUUCUCACAGAAGGUCAAUGUAAUCAGGAAUAAGCUUUUUUCCCCAUCCGACCAGGACGUGGGCUUUUAUACUAAUACUGUAUGAGGCAGCUUUUCAGUUCCCUGUUGUUGUUCCAGAAAGGUCACAAUACUGUGUGUAUUUCUACUUUCUGUUUUUUUCACCUUACUCUGUGUUUGUGUUUGUUUGAUUUUUUACUUAUUUAAUAUCUGGAAAAUCUAAUUUCUCCAAUUUUGUGAUGGACAAUAACAUUUUUAUGGCUGUAAAAUUGAAUCUCUAGAAUGAUGAACCCCUCAGAAAUUAGACCUGCUACAAUUUUUGGAUUUAUACAGUUUGGAAAAAAAUACUAUUUAUUUAUAUACUUGUUGUUCAUUAGCUUAUAAUAAUACAAAUUAUAAAUAAUGAUUAUGUUAAUUUGGUGCAAUAAUUAAAAACCAAAUGAGCCAUACAAAGUUUUGCAUUGAAGUAUUAUUGCAGAAUCAUAGCACUGAUGAUAAAUUGUUAAUUGAUACUUGAAGAGCAAUUUUAUCUUUGCAUUUAAAACAAAUCUCUGCAUAUUGGGUUGAUAAGAGCGAGAACACAUUCAAACGAGUGACCCUAACCCUAACCCUAACCCUACACUGGGUCGCUCUGGGAUAAUACUUGUUAUACGAGGCUUACUGAAAGCUAUAAUACACAUAAAGGAAAGCCCCCAAGUGUGGGUGAAGAAUAGCAUGUGCUACUUUAAUAUACCAUAACGCUGCUGCAGUGAAACAGAGGCCACGGUUUAUUAUUUACUAUCAAGAAACAUGCUUUAAUUGCAAAGUGCUUGGCAGGCUGGACCAUUAAAGAGUUAUGAGCUGCAGGUGGGGAACUCCUGAGGCCCAUCUGGCUGCAGACACAACUCCAACACAGCAACACGACUGAGACAUGUAACAACGCGACAUAGUCAGCGCGUCACAGCUCUGCUCGUUUCUACUAGAGGCCGGUUUGUCUUCUUAAAGGUGCGGUGAUUGUAAAAUAACACAGUCCUGAUGCAUGUCCGUCACUGUGUUAUUCAUUGUGAAAGCAGCUGCAGCCCUUUCAGCCGCCACACCAAUGUGUAACCUUAUUUUGCCAAUUGCGAAUGAAGUAUCCGAGCACAGCCUGCACUCCCAUCGCAUUUAGGGAGAAGUGAGGAUUUGUGCGAUCAGACAAAAGACAACCUUGUGUCUGACAAGAGCAGCUACUGUGUCGACAAAACAAACAUUUUCUGUGUGAGUGAUUGGAUAUUUGGUUUCUGCAAGAAAUUCACAGUGUGUGACAUUCACAUCUCAAACAUUUGAUGUGACGCAAAAAAUGCUCUUUUAUAAGAUCUCUGCUGGUACACACAGUGGUCGCAUUGUGUUCUUGUGUUGGCCUUAUUUCGCUGUAAAGAAAGCAUUGUUCAUGUGAGAGCUGGUGCAACAUAAAUCCUCCAAGAUCAAAUGUGGACCCCCCCCUGUGUGUGUCUGUAUCCACCGUGUCGAGUUAAAGGCCUAACCCAUGUUUGAGCAGCCCUGCCUGAGGUGGAACACUGGAUUCGGAGGUUGGGACUAACUAUGUCUUCAAACAGACCACACCACGCAAUUAUAUCCCUUUUUAUGAGAACAGUCUGCUGGAGGGUUCAUGUACAAAAAGUGUCUAUAAGUCGAAUAUUAUUCCAAUUGUUAUUUGCACUGCAGGCAUCAAAUCAAUCAAAGGGAAACAUUUCUUCUUUAUGACUCUGCUACUGGAAAUAUGUAUAAAAAAAAAAAAGAUUGAUGACUCGAGGCGUGUUUCAGCUGAAACAUUUGACGACACCACCGCACUGCCAGUUUUUUUUCUUUGUUAUGUAACCCCACAACCGCGGACACAAACUUGUUUAGAUUUAGCAUCUGCUUUUAUGCAUACGUGCUUUUACACACGAUGAAUAAUCCACCGACCGGUUUGAGUCUGGAUGAGGAACAUGGGGAGUGGUGGAGGAGGAAUUCAAAUCCUUUGCUCAAGUAAAUAAUGCCAAAGCCCCAGAACAAGUCAUGUUACGCAAGAAAAAGUACAAAAGGGUGGAAUAUGUUUCAAGUUAUAAAAUGAAAAAGAUUAAUUAUUAUACACUAAAUUGUUACACAAUUUCAUUAAUAUGACAAAUGUUCUAACGCAUAAAAGGCACAUUUUUGUAUAUGUUUGGGAGUAUAACGCCAGAGGAUAGGAAAAUUCAAAUAAAAGCUCUUUUCUUUCUUGCCUUUUUCGCCCAGACAAGACUGAGCUCAAUUCAAAAUAAAUAUGACUCAAUAUUAAACUAUUUUCUCAUCCUUGCAUGUAAAUGAGAAAUAGUCAUCCUCCUGUCUCAGCCUGGUCCUUAUUUAAGAUCUACUCCGGUGAUUUUUAUUUGUCCCAAAUAACGAGAUUCUAGAGAUAAAACUUAGACCUGAAAUGAAAUUUGAUUGGAUUACACAUGAGCCUACACAAUAUCUGAAAUUUGUCUCACUGAUCAAAUACAAGUGUGAAGAAAACUCUUAGAAGACAAUGAGCACAGCAGAAAAUGCUUCUGGUCAGGA